AUGGCCUCCCAAGUACCAUUGAGCGAUAAAAUCAUGGUUCAGCACUCCUCCGCAGAAAUUCCAGGAGGCAGCAGUGGUGGGCAGGGAGGUGGUGGCUACGUCAACUACAGCGGACCUGCCACGAAUUUCCCGCCAACUUCGCAGUGGGCGUCGUACUCGGCUCUCUGGAACAGUAACUCCAGGUUGAUGAAAUUCAAUGACUCUGACGCCGAGAUUGCCGACAUCAAAACCGCCAUCGAAACGGUCGCUCGCGAAUCCCAGGUCGACGUGCGCGUCAUCCUCUGCACCAUCAUGCAAGAAUCCGGUGGCAACGUCCGAGUCCACACCACCGUUUCGCCGGACGGCACUGUCCGCAAUCCGGGGAUCAUGCAAUCUCACAAUGGCUCGGAAUUCGAUCCACAACGUGCUGGCCAGAGUAUCUUGCAGAUGGUCAGGGAUGGGGUCGAGGGGACCAAGUCCGGAGAUGGACUGAAGCAGUGUUUCCAGCGUCAGAAAAACUGGUACGCGGCGUUGAGGCAGUAUAACUCGGGAAGCGUGGAUGUCAAUAACCUCGACGAUGGGAUGGGAGCGACGGCCAAUUAUGUUAGGGAUGUGGCGAAUCGGCUGAUUGGUCACGACUGGGCCGGGAUGUAG